CCCAUCUCCCCAUUUCAACGCACUGAAGUUCACCCAACAGGCCCGCGAUGGACACGAGUGCAGAACUCGACGCGAACGGCUGGUUCACCGUGUUGACUUCCUUCAGUAACGUGGUGCUCUGGGGCGGAAUUUAUAAAAGUCUGGGUGUGCUUCUACCAACAUUAACAGAACAGUUCACCGACCACACUUGGCUGACUGGAGUGGCUAUAUCAUUCAUGGGACUGGCGGCAGACAUAUCAGGUCUGCUCACCACACUUCUUGAAGACAAGUUUGGACGUCGACGGAUGUUAAUACUGAGCACAUUGACAGUCUGUGUGGGCUUGAUGUUGGUCCCACUUGCCACAAGUAUCGUGCACAUCGCCAUUGUUUUGGCCGUCGUGGUUGGACCAGCCUUGGGCAUUUCUUCUGUUCUCAGCAAGGUUCUUCUGGGACGUCACUUUAACAAGCGGUAUACACUGGCCAGUGGAAUAAGCCAAAUGGGACAAGUGGUCUCUCUCCUUGCAUUUGCACCAAUGACGCAGCUAUUCCUUGAUACCUACGGAUGGAGAGGAGCCGCCUUGCUCCUUGCUGGGGUCUGUUUGCACUCAGUAGUCUGUCCUGUGCUUGUCAAGGAAGAAAAAGAACGGUACGAGACACCACCCGACCAGCAUGACCACAAAGAAACUAACAGCACAGGUAUGACCCGCGUUAAAUCUUUCUUUGCUCAUGCGCUCUCAACUGUGGAUCUGCGUAUUCUUCGUGAGUUCAACUUCUGGAUCGUGUUUACUUGUAUUUGUGGGGCUCGUUUUCCCGGCAAUGCUUGGUUUCUGUUCAACGUUUCUCAUCUUCAAGCUAAGGGUUUCUCCCCCCAAACAUCUGCCGCGCUCUGUUCAGCGGCGAGCGUUGGUUACCUCGUCGGUUGUGUGAUGUUCUCACCUCUUGUGGACAGAGGCUUUCUGAAAUGCUCGACGGGAGUAUUGAUAAGCAGCCUGCUUUUGACAUUGUCACUUGCGAUAGAUCCAUUCCUGCACGAAGCAUGGAGUAUUGCUGUGUUUACAGCUCUCUUUGGUCUGUCUUCAUCAGCACUGUACGCCCUUACUGAUGUUCUUACCAAAGAACUGUUAGGCCGGGAAAGACUAACCAGCGCCUUUGCGUGGAUAGGAGCUCUAGGGGUGCCGGCAAAACUGCUUGCGGGGUUUUUGCCUGGUUGGCUGUACGACUCGAGCGGCAGCUACGACUUGGCUUUCAUCAUCAUGGGCGCUUCGCCAACUGUGGCUGCCAUCCCCCUGGUCAUCGGAAAAUUUUGGAAAGAAAUAUGAAGAUUAUUGUGCCCAGAUCAAAAUAGGCACUGUGAAGUGCCAUCCCAUCUUACUAUCCACCAAGAAGAGUACUGGCCCAAUGUGGCUGGUCCCAGUCUUUAUUUUUCUCUCGGUAAUGAAGGGAAAUGGACCAGUUGUUGACAACGAUCAUUGGUCAGACUGGGCUCAGAAAGCCGGCAGAGUAUGACAUUCAGCUGUUAGAAGAAAUUUCCGUGCAUUGGAGUUCCAUCAUGGUCUUGAGUAGAAAAAUACUCCUAAAUCCACCACAUCUGAUGCAAAAUGGUUUGCACAAUGCCUGUUUUUGAAGUAAAACCGAGCUCAACCAAUAGAACGCAGGUAGUCAAAGUCUACUCUUAUUGGUUACUACAGUAUUAUUGGUUACCAUUACAGUAUACUGAAUGAAAUAAAAUGUAAACAAAACUAGAGUUAUUUAAUUUGACAUUGAUUAUUUUGAAGUACACGUAUUUUCUGCAUAAUAAGACCGCAU